AUGACGAUCCCGACCGGCAGGAACUUCGCAAGCUGCUACAUGGAACUGUGCAAGCAGCAACGACUGCGACCGUUGCCGGUUAUAUGUGUCACCCUACCGCACAGCUUGGACUUCACCACCGAUCGCGUCAAGAUGGACGAUUGGGGCCCGAUCUUGAAUUCCCUUUCUCUCGAUCGCUCGCUCAAAUCGAUUAGCGUGCACAGCAGGUAUCAGUGUCGAAAACCAUUGGAAGAGGUGAAUUCCGAGGACAAGGCGCGAGCGAUGGGUAAGGCCCCGGUGGUCCUCACGCGUUAUUUGUUGGAAUGGCUAUCGCAGAGCGUCGGUCAAUGCAUGAGAAAUUCGCCCAGCCUCACGCAUUUGGAACUCGAGGGUAUCCCGUUUCCGCCUGACUGCGUCGCAGUUCUCUGCGUCGGUCUGUCGGGAACCGAGACUCUGCACCACCUGUCCCUACGACGGUGCUGCAUCGGCGACACCGGCUGCGAAAUGAUCUGCCGAACGAUCGCGGACGCUCGCAGCGUGAGGUCGUUGAAUCUCAGUCACUGCGACCUCACGUCAAGCAGCGGUGGCGCGUUAGCAUCAGCGCUUUCCAGGCAGAAACUGGCGCUUUACCACGACACCUGGAAGCAAUCGCUGAGAUAUCGCGAGCCUAAUUUCGAGGCGAUGCCGGGAUUACGUCGAUUGACUCUGAACGAUAAUCCUCAUCUCGGCAAUUGUGCCGUAAUAGAGAUGAUCGAGGCUAUACGCGAUAGUCUAUGGAUAAAGGCGCUGGAUCUUCAGCACUGCGGCUUGACGAAUCAGAUCGGCGCGGAUCUGCUGAACCUACUCGAUCAGAAUAAUACGCUGGCAGUGCUUGACGUGAGGAAGAACGCAAACCUGAACGAUGAACUUGCGACGGAGGUGAUGAGGAGACUGGGAGAAAACGACGUCGAGGGAAAGUCGGAGUACAAGUGGAUGGGAUUGGCGCCUAAAGACAAGAGAAUCGCGUCGGCUGGUACUCGAAGGUGCAACGAGAAUGAAGACACCACGAAGCUCUCGAGAAUCCAAAGUGCCUUCACUAAGUACACGAGAAAAUCAUACCAGGCGAUUCCUCCGAGGAGGACGACUCCGAUGCCGCUUCUACCGGCGAAAAUGAAGAUCCGACCGCCUUCACCUCCGGUUCGCGACAUCACUCAGCAACGUUCUGCUUUGACUCGGUCGCGAACGAUCAGCAGCAUACAAACGGUGCCCAAGGUUUCCCUCCACCUGAAUCUUCAAUCCCAGAUCCAAUCCGUGGUGAGUCGUGACAUCGAGGAUCAAAAGACGACGCCGGAACACAAAGAUAUCAUGCAUCCCUUUGAGGAAACGAGUCUGAGAAGCUUCGAUUCCAAAGUGGAUGUUGGCACGCAAAGCGUGGACCGACAAGACGAUCCAGAGGAAAUUCAGAACAUUCUCAAGCAAUUGGCGGAAGCUCAAGCGGAACACCAUUGUCUCCUAGAGGAGAUCAAGCGGGUUGAUCUUCUGCUCAACGAGGAACGCGCGUGUCGUGAGAUCGCCGAGGAGAACCUACGAUCGGCCCAGAACGAUAUAGCUACGCUAGAGAACGUUCUGAAGAAAAAGGAGAUCGAGACCAGCGGUUACGUACUGAUCAGCCAGCAGUCUUUGGACGAGAUAUGCCUAUCCUUCGAUCGGCUCCUGGAUCUGCUGGAGGAUGUCGCCAAACAUCCGUUCGACCGAACGCAACCGAGUGCUCAGCAGAUCGCGAGCGCAGACAUCAAGCGACGACUAGUGUCCGUCAUCAGGCAGACCAAGUCGGAGAACCUGAAGAGGGGUUACAGGAUGGAAAUCGAGUCGCACGUCGUGGACAGCGCGCGAAAGUUCGUCAAAUCCGAGAGCGACGUGAGAUCCAUCAUGCCGAUUCCGGCGGCGCACUUGGAGAAGAAGAUCGGCGAGUGUCCGGAGAAUAACGAGCUGCGCGAUCGGCGUCGUCACGACGUCGAUGCGAAGCCGAUGUCGGCCGGCGAUCGAGCUCGUGCGAUUUUCGCGAGCAUCGUCAGCGGCGAGGCCGUGCUUGACUUUUACUAGUCGUCGAUCGAUCGGUUGAAUUCGAUAAUUGAAGGUAAAAUGGUGUGGAGCCUUUACAUGGAGAGACUUUACGUGGAUAUUGGUAUUUCGUACACGUAUAUAUUAUACACUACGUGCAGAAAACGCGCAGACAAUGCUCUAC